AUUUGGCCUCCUCUUUUCUUUUUUUUUUCAUCUGUCAAACUUUUUUUUUUCAUUUUAAAUCCAUUCAAUAACAUCAUGGCGUCCUCUGCACUCAAACUGAUCAACCCCAACUCAGAUGUCGCUCGACGUGGCCAAGCUCUUCAAUUGAAUAUUACAGCUGCUAUUGGUCUUCAAGAUGUUUUACGUUCCAAUCUUGGUCCUCGUGGUACUAUCAAGAUGUUGGUUGAUGGUGCUGGAUCUAUCAAGUUGACCAAGGAUGGCAAAGUUCUUUUAAGUGAAAUGCAAAUUCAACAUCCUACUGCUGCCAUGAUUGCAAAGGCUGCAACUGCACAAGAUGAAAUCACUGGUGAUGGUACCACUUCUAUUGUCUUGCUUGUUGGUGAACUUUUGAAACAAGCUGAACGUUAUAUUUCUGAAGGUUUACAUCCUCGCGUCAUUACUGAAGGUUAUGAUAUUGCUAAGAAGGAAGCUCUUGAAUUUCUCGAAAAGUUCAAGACUGAACAAACUUCUGUGGAUCGUGAAUUAUUAGUAUCUGUGGCUCGUACAUCCCUUCGUACCAAGGUUCAUCGUGCUUUGGCUGAUACUUUGACUGAAGCUGUGGUGGAUGCUGUCUUGUCUAUUUAUCGUGAAGGUGAACCUAUUGAUUUACAUAUGGUGGAAAUCAUGAAGAUGCAACAUCGUUCUGAAACUGAAUCCAAAUUGAUCCGUGGUCUUGUUUUGGAUCAUGGUGCUCGUCAUCCUGAUAUGCCCAAGAAGGUCAAGAAUGCUUUUGUUUUGACUCUUAAUGUUAGUUUGGAAUAUGAAAAGAGUGAAAUCAAUUCCGGCUUCUUCUAUUCUACUCCUGAACAACGUGAAAAAUUGGUGGAAAGUGAACGCAAACAUGUGGAUGAAAAGAUUCGCAAGAUUGUUGAAUUCAAGAAUCAAGUCUGCACUGGAGAAUAUGCUGAUUAUGGUUUUGUAGUGAUUAAUCAAAAAGGUGUGGAUCCAUUGUCCUUGGAUAUCUUGGCUAAACACAAUAUUCUGGCUUUACGUCGAGCCAAGCGAAGAAACAUGGAACGACUUCAAUUGGUAUGUGGUGGUGUGGCACAAAACUCUGUGGAUGAUUUGACUCAAGAAGUAUUGGGCUAUGCUGGUUUAGUGUAUGAACAAGUACUUGGUGAAGAAAAAUAUACCUUUGUGGAAGAAGUGAAGGAUCCUUACAGCGUGACUAUUUUGAUCAAGGGCCCUAACGCUCAUACCAUUGCUCAAAUCAAUGAUGCUGUACGUGAUGGUUUACGUGCAGUGAAGAAUGCGAUUGAAGACAAAUCCGUUGUAGUAGGAGGUGGUGCUUUCCAAGUCGCUUUAUCUCAACAUUUGAUCGAAUUCAAAAAGACUGUCAAGGGUCGUGCAAAGAUGGGUGUUCAAGCUUUUGCUGAUGCCAUGUUGAUUAUUCCUAAGGUGUUGGCUCAAAAUGCUGGUUUCGAUGUACAAGAUGUCAUUGUUGCUUUACAAGAAGAACAUAUGGAAGGUCAUAUUGUGGGUCUUGAUUUGAAAUCUGGUGAAACUAUGGAUCCCAAGUUGGAAGGUAUUUGGGAUAAUUAUCGUGUUCAUCGUCAUAUGUUGCACUCUUGUUCCGUCAUUGCUGGAAACUUGUUAUUGGUGGAUGAAAUGAUGCGUGCUGGAAGAACAUCUUUAAAGAACCCUGAACCUGGAAUGUAGAUAGUUUUUUUUUGUUCCUUUUUAUAUACAUAUAUACAUUU